CUACAUUAGAAACUAGCUUAGUCGCAAUCAUGAUGACCGGUGCGGCACCCCCGACAGAGCGGCGACUAGCCUUUGUCGCCGAAUGGUAUCAGGCCGAGGCUGCCAUUAUUCGCACCUUCCUGGUCACCUACUUUGUGGCCGACAAGGCCGUGGAAGUGUUUGAUCAACGCAGCAAGAAGACAUUUCUGCGACGCACCAAGAUACCGGAGCUGACGCAGCGCGACUUCUUUGUGGGCUCCAAGAUCAAUGUGUUCGGCCGUCAAUUCGACAUCGUUGACUACGCGGACGAGUCGACGCGCAGCAAUUUGGCCAAAUAUCGCAAACGAGGAUUCGUGCUACUUAAGAGCCACAUGUGGCAGAAGCAUCUGGGCAAGUUCCUGAAGACACUGAUCCAGAACAAAAUGAACAUCAACAACGGACAGAUGGUCCAGUUCACAUCCAAAAUGGUGACACAGUUCCUCUCCGGGAAGCCCAAGACCGAAGUUGUAUCCUCCGUCCUGAUGAACGAACUGUUGGCCGGCCCGGCCAUCAGCCUGGAGCUGAUCGGCGACAACGUGGUGGAGAUAAUGUCCGCCUGUGUCAAGUACAAGGGUGGGGACUGUGGCUCGUCCUCCUCCAUGAAGCUGUCGUCCAGCCUGGAGCAGCUGUUCGAGCAGGAGGAUGUGCGCUACGGCAUCUACUGUCCCGAGACCGAGGAGGAUGUGGCCAUAGACCUGAAGUUCUUCUUCGAGGAGCGGCACAGCAUCAUGAAGGAGUGUCUAUUCAAGGGCACAACGCUGGCCAUCAUCAAGCCGCACAGCAUUAAGGACGGCCUCCUGGGCGACAUCAUCGACGACAUUCUGGCCAACGGCUUCAAUGUGACGGCCAUGCGCAUGAUUCUCAUGGCGCGCAUCAACUGCGAGGAGUUUUACGAGGUCUAUCGCGGCAUCCUGCCCGAGUACAUACCCAUGGUGGCGCAGCUGGCCAGCGGCGUGUGCAUGUGCCUCGAGAUCGCCUCUUCCGAUCCCGGCAAGAGCAGCCACAGCGACUUCCGUACCUUCUGCGGUCCGAUGGACCCAGAAAUCGCCAAGCUGCUGCGUCCCCACACCCUACGCGCCAAGUUCGGCAAGUCCAAGGUGCUCAAUGCCAUUCACUGCACUGAUCUGCCAGACGACACCAAUCUGGAGCUGCAGUACAUGUUCAAGAUUCUCGACUAAUCCCUGAAACCUUCCCAGUUUAGUUGAUAUUUAUUUUCAGUUAGUGUGUGUGUGUGUGUGUGUGUGUGUG